CAUGUUGGUAUUCUUUAUUACGAAUACAUAAUAGGUUACGACUGGUGGUGAACUCAAAUGCUCACCAAGUCUCACUUAAAGCAUGAGGAUAGGGAGUCGUAUCACAAUGUUGUCUUGUACUCGCUGGUUAGGUUAACACUUCACCGUCUUUGUUGGCUGCAAUUCACAUCUUGGCAAGGUACGGCUCAUUUUGGCAAGGCACAGCAGAUUCGAUAGGUACCGGAUUUAUUCCAUUUUCGUAUAUCCGUAUGAGUCAUUACGGUGAUAACAUUCCACAAGUGUGGAUAAAUCAAAGUCUAUAAUUAACGUGGUGUGGGUGACGAGAUGUACAGGAUUUUCGCAUUUAGCAGGAGCCGCACUAAUUGGUUGAUUUUGAGAUGAGCAUCUAGUUUGUAGAAGAACCUUCGUUUCACUGGAGUUCUCAUAUGGCUGGUUCAUCGGUGCAGUCCGAAAAUUCGAUUUCUGUAUCGUCGUCUCAAGCGCCUCGGUCACAUGUUUGCGAUUAUCCGAAUUGCUCAAAAGCAUACUCAAAGCCAUCUUUAUUAGCCCAACACAAAAGGUCACACACCGGUGAAAGACCAUUUAUUUGUGGGUAUCCAGAGUGUGACAAGUCUUUCCUUCGAAACUCUCACCUCAAGGCUCAUGAGGUAUCUCAUCAGGGUCAGAAUGAUAAACCUUUCCAAUGCUCUGUAUGUGGAAAAGGUGUCAAUACAAUUCAGCAUCUAAAGAGACAUGAAAUAACUCAUACAAAAUCAUUUACUUGUCCUCAUGAAGGGUGCUCCGAGUCCUUCUAUAAACAUCAAUCCUUGAGACAUCAUACCCUUUCAGUUCACGAAAAAACAUUAACCUGUAAAAUCUGCAAUAAGUCUUUCACAAGACCUUAUAGAUUAGCCCAUCAUAAUACGAAGUACCAUUCCCAAACUCCAACAUACCAGUGUGAUUUCAGAGGAUGCUUUAAAAACUUCAAAACUUGGUCUGCUCUUCAGUUUCAUAUCAAAACGGAUCAUCCUAAGCUUAAAUGUGAUAUUUGUGGUAAAAGUUGCGUGGGUAAGCAGGGUUUACUGUCGCAUAUGCUUAUGCACAAUCCGACUAGCAUCAUGAAACUAUGGAAGUGUGAAUACUGUAACAUGGGUCAGUUUGUCAAGAAAAUCGAACUAAUUAAGCACUAUCACGAACUCCAUGAUGCAAAUGUUCCUGAAGAGCUUUUAAAACCGACCGAACGAGCUAAUUUAGAGGCUUUAUUAAAUGCUGAAGAUAACCACCCCCAAAAUCUCGAUGAUUUGAAAAAUGCACAUGAUAUGGAUGAGUCAGAAGAGGAGGUAGAAUCAGAUAAAGUUUCAAUGAUUGCUAAGUCCGAGAAGUCAUUGCAUUCGUUGAAUUCUGCUUUGAGUAAGAAUAAUUCGAUCAUUAGCCUCCUACUGAAAAACUACAAUACCAAGAAAAUUGCAUGCCCUAAACCAAAGUGUUCGAGGUUGUUCUCAAGAGAUCAUGAUCUUAGAAGGCAUAUGAUCUGGCAUGAAGAACAGGCUCAAAAGAUCGCCAAUUUCUUGAACUCUUUACAGGAAGAGACAGGAGAGACAGAGAAUACUAAUGACAACACCCAUAACGAUGAUUACGACGAGAUGGACGACACGGAUAUGAGUCAAAUGAUUGAUGAUGAACUAAAGAGACUCCAACAGUCCGUAUCUCAUUAAAAUAGCUAUGUUUAUAUUUGAAAUCAAUAGCUUAUAUAGUAUAAUAUGGUACACCUUAGUAUCGUUGACGCUUGUCAUAAGGUCUGCCAUUGCCUUGAUCGUAGUCAUAUUUUCUCUUACUAUCAGGUCUACCAGUUCCAUUACCAUGCGUAUUUCUGCCACUUGGAGGUGGAAGUGAAGGAGGAGGUGGAGGGGGAGGAAGCUUUUGAGUUUUAUUACCUUCUGCCGAAGACUGCUUUUGAGUAUUCUUCCUGUUAUCAUAUCCUUCAAAGCUCUUCCUGUUAUCAUAGUUUUUAUCGUAACUUUCAAAGCUCUUCCUGCCAUCAUAGCCGUUAUUUCUGCUAUUGUAACCUUCAGUGGUUUUCCUUCUAUCAUAAGUUUCGGGAGCCUUUGCCCUGGAGCCAGAACC